UGCUGAUCUGCCAGAUGUCCUUUUAAUCAGACAUGACUUACGAUGUGAAUUCUGGUACCACGUUAUUGCCAAACAAAUUUAGAAACCAGCUUGCACAGCUUUAGGAUGUGAAGGGAAAUCGGAGCAUCUGAAGGAAACCUGAGCAGUUAGAGGAGAACAUGCAAACACCACAUGGACAGCUCCUGAGGUGGAGACCGAGGCACUCAGAGGAAACUCUCACAGUCACAAGGAGAAAGAGCAAACCCCUCACUGAAAGCAGUCAAGGCAACCCCGGAUAUUCUAUGUUAACAUCCAUCAACAUGAAUUUAUCUUCCCACAUCUCUUCCCUGGGUGAUCAAUUCAAAUCCACGGAGUAUAUUGAGCCCCAUUACAAGGAAUGGUAUCGGCUAGCUAUUGAUAAGUUAGUGGAUGAAGGUAUCCCUGGCUACAAAGAAUUUCUCGCCAAGGAAGGGCAAGGCCAGUUCCUGGCGGAGGAGGAACUUUAUUUUAUCAAGGAAAAUGUACGAAAGUUGCCUCCGUUAAGUAUCAAUACUUUUGAGGACACCACAGAUGGCUCUUCCUCUGGCACCUACUGGCCGGUCCAGUCUGAUACAGAAGCUCCAGACUUAGACCUGGGAUGGCCUUAUGUUAUAAAGGGAUUGGAAACCAAAACCAAAAUUGAUUUGCAUUUUCAUCCGCCAAGAGAGGACUCUCCCACGAUAAAGGAGAUAGUGAGGAAACUCAUCAGGAAUGCACGUCAGGUCAUUGCUAUCGUUAUGGAUGUGUUCACUGACGUGGACAUCUUCAAGGAAGUGCUGGAUGCUGCCACCAGGGGGGUUCCCAUCUACAUUGUUCUUGAUGACUCCAACUUCAGACACUUUACCGCCAUGUGUGAGAACCAAGGUGUUCACCUCCAGAGGUUCAUGAACAUUAGGAUUCGAACUGUCAAGGGAUUAGAUUAUCUUUGCAGGUCAGGAUGCAAGUUCCAUGGAAAGAUGAUGGAAAAAUUCCUUCUGGUGGAUUGUAAAACAGUGGUAUAUGGAACAUACAGCUUCAUGUGGUCCUACGAAAAGAUAAAUCUCAGUAUGGUGCAAGUGAUCUCUGGACAACUCGUGGAAUCAUACGAUGAGGAGUUUCGGACAAUCUACGCCCGUUCGGACAUCCCUAACAUGUUUUCAGUAGAAAGUUCAAGACUACUGCCAGAGCGAAGGAAGCCAUUAAUCUUGCAGAAUGGUAUUAGGCAUGACUUUUACCAGCAUUCAGUGACAUCGAUUGCUUCAUCUACCAGUCGGCAGGAAACUUUCAAUAGAGCGAACCCCACAAGGCACACCCUUGACACCUUGUACAAAAAAUUUUACAGAAGGCGCAAUGUACAACAGAAUGAGUGGGAUAAUAUUAGCAACAAAUCAAACACCCGGGCGUUGUAUGGCAAGCCUCUCAUUACAAACAAUAUAGACACAACAAAUAGAGUUAGUCGUUACCAGGCCUGUGAGAAUGAUUACUGGAAGAGGCAUAGCUAUGCUGGCGAGCAGCAAGAAACAUCACCAUAUCUUUUGCUGAAUCGAUCAAGAAACACCAGACCCUUAUUUCAACGAAGCAGUCAUAAUUUACUGGAGGAAAGUGAGAGUGUUACCUCUUCGAUCCGGGGUGAUGCUAGGCCCUAUUCCCAUGAGAAGUUGGUUGACCAGUGGAAUCUAGGCAGAGUGACGCCAAAAUUUGAAAGAAGCAUAGUCACGCGGAACACUUACCAUGGCCCUAAGACACUGAACUUGCCCAGAAACCACAAGCUGCCCACUCUGGAGAGUAUGAAGAGGGCGGGGCUGCAGAACUGGAGGAUUGAAAGUUACCUGAAGGAUCCUGUGGCAUCUCAAACAAGCUCGAUCAUUGAUCCAUAUGAACCCAUUACACCCAGCACUAUCGACAGGGGGGAGAACUCCAUUGGUCACACAGUGCAAGGAAAUUCAGAGUUAAUGGGCAGAAUGGAGAUGAAGGCCACUCCGAAUCUGUUACAUUCCAGGCUGCGUUCUUCACUAGUCUACAAAACUCCUUUUGUGGGAGAAGAGGAUACUGGCAGCCAUAACUCAGAAUCAACAAAUUCAACCAUCGGUCCGGAUUCAGGAUCAACAACUCCUCAAAGGCUUUCAACAGACAGAAGUGUACAUUCUUUGACUUACGCAGAUGAGCAGAGCUCAUCGUUGAACAUUCUGUCUGAGGUAGGAUUGGAACAGCGACUUACAGCUCAAAGGUCUUUCAAAAGGGACACUGAAUUGAGUCAGAUUUCUGACCUCCACCGUCAACAUAGUUUCAGAGAGAGAUUCCAAACACAAUUGAAUGAACAAAGUUCAAUGCCCAAGUUGAGCUUUAAUGCCUCUGUUAGUCGGACAUUAUCAAUCCCAGCUCUAAGUCACAUGCAGGGGAAUGAAGCUCUAGGCAACAAAACCCUUGAUCAGCAAUCAGCGUUUAUCCGGAGGAGCUCAGAGAAAAUCAAAUCUCUCCUCAACAUCUCCUCUGAGAAAAAAGAUAGCAGGCUGAGGAGCAGAGGAUCUGAUGCAUCUUACCAAAUGAGUGGCCGUGGUGAUAAAUUGACCUCAGAAGAUGAUCAUCAGAAGCAUACAGAAUUUUCCUGGAAUGAGCGAAGGGGUCAGAUGACAGAUGUAACUUCAAAUUCCACAAACUCUCCACAAGUUACCCGGUCCAACAGAAAUGUGCAGCUAAAUUCAGAGGUCCACUUGCCUGGGAUAGAUUCUAAGCACUUGGAAGAUGCAUCCGCUCCACGAUUUUCCACGGAAGAGUUGCACAUAAGUGAAAAGGCUGCAAAUUCAGGUCCCUCUGUGCACUAUUAUUCUCACAGGAAGGACACCAGACCUGAGGAGUCCCAGGCCAAGGUCAAUACAAGGGCACAGCACAAUCCCAAUGAGCAGAGAGUUUACAGUCGAUUUGAAAAGCUGUACACAACACAAAAUAACAAUUCGAAGCGGGAAGAAACAGUUUUGAAUCCAGAGCGAAAACAUCCUCCAAGUGGCAAUCAAAAUACCUCAGUUGGUAACAACUUUCAGCGUAGUUCUAGACCAUUCAUGGUUCAAGGAAACCGCAUGCACCAAAGAGCUUCCCAUAACGAGAACAAGUUUGAGAAGCUCAUGCAGAAGUUUGUGGGGACAUUCAGGCAUAAGAAAUAAGGAAAUCAAACCUUUGCUCUGAAAUUACUCAUGCCACAGUUAUGUCAUGCUGAUGUUAACAAACUGGAUAAACAUAACAAUCCCAAAACAGUGCUAAGACUGCACCAGUUAUUAUUGUUCACAUGCGUUAACAAUGCAGUAAGACAUAAUGCAAACCCAAAACCUUUUGCUUGACUGGUUCUAUAUUUUUUUAAUUUGUAAAAUAAUUCCUUUGAGAAAGUUAUGUUUGUUUAAUUUUGUUCCAUUGAUUUGGGACUUACCAUUUACUGCAUUAGAUGAGUGACCCCUCCAUUUAGCAGAUUCAGAUUCAGGUUCACGUUUGCAUAGCAGCCGCCGCAAUGCUAUCACACUUCUGGGUGCUACGGAGUUCAGAGGUCAGUUCUGGUGCUUUGCGUGUUCUCUUCAUGGAGUGCUUGGGUUUCCUGUGGGUCCUCCAGUUUCCUUCCACAGUUCAAAGGCGUACGGGUUAGUAGGUUAAAUGGUGAUUGUAAAUUGUCCUGUGAUUAAGCUAGUGUUAAAUAGGCGGGUUGCUGGGCGAUGUGGCUUAUUGGGCCGGAAGGACCUGUUCCACUCUGUUUCUUUUAAAAAAAAGGAAAGGUAUGUCGCAUCCGGAGUUUCUCCGGUUAGCAAACGAUUUCCCUCCACGUCUCUCUGAGGUAGUGGGGAUUCGUGUACGAGGCAAGUUACAGCAGAGGUUUGCCAUUGCCUUCUGCCGGGUGAGUUUCCAAAGAGAUCACCAGCCCGUAACCUAGCACGGAUGGAAAGCGUGCAAGGGAGUCGACUGGAUUCAAACUCGGGACCUUUCGCCCCAAAGACCGACAUUGAUGCCACUAUGCCACCAACCGGGUCAUUUCUUUAAAUAAAUACAGUAUUUAUACAUAUGAUAAAUAACACGUACAUGUUCCGUAAACGUACAGCAAAAUGUGUCAUUUGUGUUGAGCCUCAGGACGUGCUGGAAGGCACUCCUUAAGAGCCGCCUCACAUUCUGGUGGCAAUAACCUACCAAUGCAAGAAUGCUCCUCCUUCUGAAUCCCUUAUGUUAAGCCAAACACCAGGUUAACUGGCACUUAGGUCAAAACAUUAUUGCAGUGAUGGCUGUAAGAUAGGGGUUCAUCCCCACCACUGGAUGUUUUGCCCGUGGCAGCUUGGGUUUCCUCCAGGUGCUCUGGUUUCCUCCCAUAUUCCAAAGCUGUAUGAUUAGGGUUAAUGAGCUUUGGAUAUGCUAUGUUGGUGCUGGUUGCUUCGUGACACUUGUGGGUGAUCCUUGUUCAUUUGGUUUGAGUCAAUACCAUCCAUUUCACUAUAUGGUUCAAUGUGAGAAAUAAAACUAAUGUUUAAUGUUUAAAUCAUCACCUUUUGUAAAGGAGCAUUUAUACAGUGCUGGGACCAGAGGUUAAAUGAUAGUUCAACAGCUGAUUCAGGCAGCAAGCACCUGUUUGUACUCGUUGAAAAAGUUGAGCAGUAUUUGUAGCUUAUGCUUCAGUUUAUAACCUUACCUGAUGGGAAUAUCCACAGACAGUCUGGAUCAGAAGCACAAACAGGUUGAUUCACAUAGAACAUAGAACACUACAGCACAACAUUAUGAUGAACUUUUAACCUACUCUAAGAUCAAUCUAACCCUUUUCUCCCACAUAGCCCUCCAAUUUACUGUCAUCCAUAACAGCAUAAGACCAUAAGAUAUAGGAGCAGAAUUAGGCCACUUGGCCCUUCGAAUCUGCUCUGCCAUUUCAUUGUGGCCGAUCCAAUUGUCCUCUCAGUCCCAGAAUUCUGCCUUCUCCCGGUAUCCCUUCAUGCCCUGGCCAUUCAAGAAUCUAUCAACCUCUGCCUUAAAUAUAUUUAAAGUCUUGACCUUCACAGCAGCAUGUAACAAAGAAUUCCACAGAUUCACCACUCUCUGGCUAAAGAAAUUCCUUCUUAUCGUUCUAAAAGGACUCCCCUCUGUAGGUCUUUGCCUAUUCUCCUAAUCUGCCUAAGUCCUUCUGUAGCCUCGCUAUCUCCUCGAAACUACCUGCCCUUCCACCUAUCUUCAUAUCCUUUGCAAACUGCAACAAAGCCAUCAAUUCCAUCAUCCAAAUCAUUGACAUGUAUUGUAAAAAGAAUCGGUUCAAACACAGAUCCCUGUGGAAUACCACUAGUCACUGGCAGCCAGUCAAAAAAGGCUCCCUUUCUUCCCAAUCUUUGCCUCCUGCUAGUCAGCCACUGCUUUAUCCAUGCUAGAAUCUCCCUGUAAUACCAUGGUCUCAUAGCUUGUUAAGCAGCCUCAUGUGUGGCACCUUGUCAAAAGCCUUCUGAGAAUCCAAGUACACAACAUCAACCAUCAACCAAUUUUCCUUUCUAACAUGCCUAUCUAACAGUUUCUUAAAUGCCCUUUAUGUAUCUGCCUUUAUCAACAUCUCUGCCAGGGCAUUCCACACACCCACGAUUCUCUGAGUAAAUAAAAACUUAGCUCUGAUAUCCCCCCUAUACUUCUUUCCAAUUCACCUUAAAGUUAGGCCGCCCUCGUAUUAGUCAUUACUGCCCUGGAAAAGGUCUCUGCCCAUGCAUUUGAUCAAUGUCUCAUCAUCAUGUACACCUCUAUCAAGUCAUCAAAUUUGUUGUUUUGUGUCAACACUACAGUGCAAGAUAUAAAACUAAUUGUUAUAAGUGACAAUAAAAAAGAAUUAAAUAAAUAAUGCAAAAGAGAGAUAAUAAGGUAGCGUACAUGGUUCAUGGACUAAUCCAAAAGCUGACGGUGGAUUGAAAGAAGCUGUUCCUAAAACAUUGAGUGUGGGUCUACAGGCUCUUGUACCUCCUCCCUGAGAAGAAGGCGUAUCUCACAUGGUGAGGGAUCUGAGAGUUGGAUGCCCCUUUCUUGAAGCACCACCUAUUGAAGUUAUUCUUGAUGGUGGGGAGCGUUGUCCAUGUGAUCGAACUGGUUGAGUCUACAACCCUCUGCAGCCUCUUGAUUGGUGCAUUAGAGCCUUCUUAUCAGGCCAUUGAUGAUAAUA